GAGAGAGAGAGAGAGAGAGAGCACGAGAGAGAGAGAGAGAGAGAGAGAGACAGAGAGAGAGACAGAGAGAGAGAGAGAGGAGGAUGAGUGUGUACACUCUUAACCUGCGGGUGUUCUGGCCUCUGUUGACCUGUGUGUUGACUGGUCUGGUUUUCCACCACCACAUAACCCACUGGCUAAGCCCAGAAUCAGGCCCCGAUCCUGGGUACGAGGCUGGGACAGAGCCGUGCUCUGACCAGGGCCCUCCUGUCUUUUUCUCCCUCAUCAAACUACUACUGGCCUGUGUCCUCUGCUACCUCUUCAUAAGGUACUGCUCCACCCACCCAGGAGGGCCCCAGAGGGUGCCUCUCGAGGCCGCUGACGGGGCUCUGAAAUCGGGUUGGUCUCGUCGAGAGGUCCUGGAGGACUACUACGAGCGCUGGGUGCGUCUGUCUCCUCACGUCCUGGGGCACAGCAAGGCCCACGUGGCCAAACUGGUCGGGGAGCUGGUCAGAGCCGGACGUGCCACUGGAGGUAUCCCAGAGUCCUCUCUGGCGUUCCGGGGAGACUUCCUGCAGGUGGGCAGUUCAUACGAGGAGCACAAGGUGGGCGCUCCAGAUUACUAUGAUAUCCUGGUACCUCUGAAGAUUCCCCGAGAACUGAAAUUGGAGCCACGAGUAUACAGAGGGGAGAGGAGGGGGGAGGAGAAGAAGGACGAGAGAGGAGAGGAGAAGGGGGAGGGCAAGAGUGAUGUGAGGGGUGAGGAGAAAAAAGAGAAGGGGGACACGAGAGCUGAGGAAAAUAACAAGAGGAGGGGGGAGGUUAAAGAGAACGGGAGAAAGUCGGGGAAGGGGAACAGGAUGAGGGUAAGAAGCAAUAAAGUGAAGGAAGUCCAGAAGGACGACAGCAAGGUGGAGGAGCAGACAGAGGUCAAAGAAGAAGGGAAGGACGUCUUGAAGGACGAGGUGAUGGACGAGAUGAAAUGGGAAAGUUCAGAGGGCGGUGGGUGGUGCGGCGUGCCGCGGUGCAGUCUAGAGACUCCUCGCCGUGGUGACUGGCUACGAAAACACCGCAACUUCACUGACACGUUUUUACGAAUGACCCCCUCUCGGGGGUCGCCCGAAAGGUCAUCGAGGUCAUUAUCAGGGGUCACGGCAGUGUCAGGAGGAGGAGGAGGAGGAGGGGGCGGAGUCUAUCGCCUGACCCCGGACUCCGUCCUCCGUUGGUUCUACCCGGCGGUCCAGCGUUGCCUAGCAACCGUGCGCUACCCUUUCGAGCAGCGCUGUACGCUGAGUCUGGCUCUCGCCGACGACCGUGUGCAGCUCCGACUCACACCGCGUUCCGACUACGUCUGCUGUCACAUCUCCAUGGCAAUACGGCUCCUCCCUGCCAUCCCCCUCGGAGACGGGGUCUACCUGGUUCCCAUGGAAACGACGGCCUCAGUGGCGAUGUCAAAUACAGACCAGCACCAGAACCAGCAGAGCGGGGAGAGGGACCUGUGGACUUUGUUCUUCCCCCGCCAGGAGCAGCGUCUGCUGGGCUGGCUCCGUGGCCGCUCACCACAGCCCUCCUGCCACCUCAAGGUGCUCCAGCUGACCAAGGCCCUGCGUGACCUGGGUGGCCAGGCACUGGACAGCCACCGGGGGGCGCUCUGGAGGUCAGUCCUCUCCUCCUACACACUGAAGACGGCCUGGCUGCGUCUGCUACUCAGCUCUCCUGCAGAGGCCUGGGAGGAUCGCCAUCUGGUGGCCAGGAUGGAGGAGCUGGUCCGCAGCCUGAGGGAGAGCCUCCAGAACCGGGCUCUGGAUCACCUCUUCCUGGGGAGCGACAGCGGCUCCAUCUUACCUGACUCUGUGACUCUACCUAAGUUGGUCAAGGAGGCGGUGGGAGCUCCAGUGGAUGGUCCAGUGGAGGGUUUGAGGGGACGUUUGGGGGGUUCGGCAGGGAACCUCUGGGCAGGUGUGGACCCAGCCUCAUUGGACCUAGUGUCUGGCCGGUUGGCGUACGCCUGGAGCCAUCUCCACCGGCUGAUCAGGUUGGGCCGACCCCAGAGGAGUAGCUUGGGGCUGGGCAGGGCAGGAAACAUAAACUGCCAGCAUCUGCAACCUGGAGAGUAACC